AACUUUCAUACCCAUUAACUCAUUAACAGCCUCUGAAGCAACUAGCAACCUAAACACAGACCAAAACAAAGCGGCAGACAACACCAAAAAUGGGUUACAACAAAUCUAGAAAAUUCAAAAACCAUCAUUCACAACCUCAAUCCAGUCGAGCACAUCAACCAAAUCAUGAAGAUGAAUCACUUCCUGCUGACCCAGAAUCUGAAGAAGAGUCACCAAUGGUAUCUAAAAUUCAGCUAGCUAUGUGGGAUUUUGGGCAGUGUGAUGUAAAAAGAUGUACAGGGCGCAAACUUGCUAGAUUUGGGUUCUUGAAAGAGUUAAAAGUAGGAAAUGGUUUUGGAGGCAUUGCAUUAAGUCCUGUUGGACAGCAAUGCAUCUCAAAGGAAGAUUCAGACCUGAUAACAAGGAAAGGUUUGGCUGUUGUAGAUUGUUCUUGGGCGCGAUUGGAUGAUGUACCCUUUACAAAGCUACGAUGUCCUGCUCCCCGUCUAUUACCAUGGUUGGUAGCUGCGAAUCCAGUAAAUUAUGGUCGGCCCUGCGAGUUAUCUUGUGUGGAGGCUUUAUCUGCGGGUCUAAUUAUAUGUGGUGAGGUAGAAAAUGGCGAGUUGUUGCUAAGCAAGUUCAAGUGGGGCCAUGCUUUCUUGUCCCUCAACAGGGAACUUUUAAAGGCGUAUUCCAAGUGUGAGAACAGUGUUCAGAUUAUUGCAGUCCAAAAUUCUUGGCUAUCUGAGCAAAGUUCUAAAAUUCCAAAAGUUUUGGCAAAAGAAGACAAGGUGCACCAUAGUGAAGAUGAAGGAUCGGAAGAUGAUUCUGAUGAUGGACUUCCACCUCUUGAACGGAAUUUAAACCAUAUGACAUUGGAAGAAAGUGAUCCCGAAAGUGAGUAGUGUUACUUGUCGUAGCUUAGAUUACCAGAACAUAAUAUAUAGUUCUUUUUAUAUAGCUUUUCUGUUGAACCCUUUUAUCUAUAGAUGAAUAUGAAAGUCCCCGAUGUUAUCAGGUUGGUUUGAA